GGGCGUGUGCCCAGCCACUUCCAAAGCCUUGCAUCUUUGAUUUGGGCUUUCAGACGUGAAUAAGGAGAAACCGACUGGGCACGGACAAUCCUGCACUGUCCUUUGAUGCACAAGUCACAGGUCGGAUUUAAGACACAGAUACGGAAGGAACCAUGUGACAAACAUCCUCCGACCAGUUAUUUGUUGUCUGCUCCAUGUGAGACGAGCUGCGCAUGGACUUGUGUACUGGAGGUGCGGGACUAUUACUCGGUGCCAACGGGAGAUUUAAUUUGACAGUGAUUCUUCAUUAAACAUCUGACAUGGAAAGGAUACUGUACGUCAUCUCAAAAAUCAUGCUUUUCGUUAUACUGGCAUUAAUUCUCUUACAAGGUAUCUUGACACCCAAUGCUUCUGUCAAAUCAGAGGUAAACUCUGGAGAUCUCUCGGACUCCAGCACCGUGUUUGGCACCGAAGGAUCCACGAAUCUACAGCUGUACGACGCAAUGGAGAUUAAGACCAGACCAAAGCGCUGCACCUGUUAUUCAUACAAGGAUAAAGAGUGCGUCUACUACUGCCACUUGGAUAUCAUCUGGAUCAACACGCCCGAACGUACUGUGCCAUAUGGGAUGUCGAGUUACCGAAGCCCUCAACGUAUCAAACGUGCUGCUGGGGAACAAUCAACUGAACAGAGGGCAAAGGCUCGCCGCUGCAUUUGUACUGAGCGUGACACAGACCCUGAGUGCCGUGAUUUUUGUCUGUCAAGCCCUGUGCAGGCCGUGCCAGUCAGACGUCUCGACGGAGCCCCUGGCCCUGGAUGACAGUCUGAUGCCUCCAUCUUCUGCUCUUUGUUUUGAGGAAAUGGACCCUUCCCUCCUGUUUAUCCCUUUCACUCUCACACUCAAAGUCAAGGAAAAAAACUUUGGACUUUGACAGAGUCAACAUUUGUCAGCAUCAUAACACAUGGAGAAAUUCCCACCAAGCUGAGUGCCUUGAAGGACCCAUCAACAAAUUCAGUACAGAUCCAUGAAAACUAUUUUCUUUUUGUUCCCUCCUAAAAAAAGAGCUUGGGGAUUACUCUCGCCAUGAUAUAAGAGCCACUGACCUUGAUUCUGUCAAGCGUGAUCAGACAAACCAUUUAUAUUCAUACCUGACAUCUGAGUGUUGUGGACUCAACUUGACUCUGUCUUUCUGUCUAACAAUGAGAUGAACUUGUAUCAGCCUGUAAGGAGACAACAGAGACAUUUCUAUGAAAAAGUUGGGAAGCAAAACAUGCCAUGAGGAGCCAUGGAAAAUAGGGGCAGGGCAUGAUAUUGUGAUAUAACGCCUUUACAAAUACUGUAACAUGCAAAUGCAAACAAAAAUUGAACUUUGCUUUAUGAGCCUAUAUACUGUACUUUCAAUAUGGAAAACGGUCACUGGCUGACAGUUUGUGCAUUUUUCAUAUCCAUACUUUCAUCAUUUGUGCUCUUUAGAACUUAACUAUCACUCAUAUCCACUGUGCCUUUAGCUAACAAUUUAGUUGAUAAACAUUUAGCUGGUGUGGACCUUAUCGUAUGUUGAACCAUCCGUUGUUAUCUAUUCCGGUCAUUCUAUAUUCCAACAAUGCAGCUUGGAGCUGUGGAUUAAUUAUACAUUAAAGAAUAAGGCUGAAAAGACUAAAACUAAUAAUGAACUGACGUUAUUAACAGGUAUUGCCUAUCAGUCAAAGAACAGGAGGCAUAUUCCUGAACACUGUGGUUUGUUUUGAGCCAGUCCCAUAUACAUUAUCCCAUUGCCACAAGUACUCACUAGUAAACCAAACGUAUUACUUGUGAAAAUGUAAUGUUUGUUAAAAACUACAGUUCCCAGCUUUUUCAGGAAAGUACUUAACUUAAAAAAAACUGUUUAUGAUACAUUUUUACAGAUUAUAAAUGAACUGGCUUGGAGCUGCACACACACGGUAGAGAAGAUGAAAAGCAUUUAGGUGGAUGCAUUGUCAUUCUAGGGCUUGUAUUGGAAUUUAUUGUCAAUAAGAAAAUUAUAGAAUAAUAUCGGGCUUAUCCUUUCAAUAUGACAUUUUGUGGGAUAGAAAAUCACAGAUUCUCAGCCGAGAUGGACUUGUAUUCCUUAUAUACAUUCCAUCUUUGGUUUGUUAAAAAAUAUGGCUCAAGUGUUUUGAAUUCCUUGAAGUUAUGCUGCUAAUAGAGUUAAAUCUGAUAAAAUAACAUGCAGUACAGAGUGACCAUGUUCCUUCCAUCUGAGGUCACAGGCCAGUGACAGUAAACAAAUCCUUACAGUUUCCUCUGCCUCCACUGCUCGGUCUGCUUUGGCAAGUAGUUCCUUUGACUGAUGUUGAGCAAAUAUUAUACACUUAUGUAUCCUAUUAAAAUGUCUGUACUGUAACAAGAAAACCGUAGUUAACAUAUUCUGUAAUACAGGCAAGUUUUUUUUAUUUUUUAUUUUAUUAUGCCUCUUUUUUUGUCAGCCACCAAACAGAACCAGUUUACCAAAUUAUGUGUUCUACUACACAAUGAAAGCAGCAGCUUAAGUGAACACACAUUUGUUAGUGCCUGUUGCACUGUGGUUCCUGUGUUUACAGUGCACUGAUAGCAUUUUAAUGUGAAGAGGCAUUUCAAGACAUCAUACUCUUAAGUUUGGCGUAAUCAUUUCCAUUUGCUCGGUUUCUUGCCAAGAACAUAUUGCAAAUUGUUUUGUAAAAACAUUCAUUGUUGCUAAAUGGUUUAAUAAAAGCAACAUGAAGCGUUUUAUCUGGUAAUUGUUGCUUUUUUUUUUCUGAAUAUGUAUUUUUCCAUUCUGACAAUUUCAGUGCCAUUAUGUGACUCCAUCCUAAAGUAACUGUAGUUGUUCUGGUCCAAGCAGAUUCACCAAAAUCAUGGUGAAUCAAAUUACAAAUCAAAUGUGACUUUCAUAAAACACAAGACAUGUAUUAGCUUAAUUAUUUUUGUUAAUUGAAAUUAUUUAUAUAACAUGCAAAUAUAUAAUAAAAGACUACGA